CGAGCGGAAUCAGCUGUAGGAACAAUAACAGUAAAGCGAGCGAGACACCACAGUGACCACACAGUCCUGUACAGAUGUGUAGAGUCCAGAGGACAGCGGUGCAGUUUGUGCAGCUUCGGUCUGAUACUCGGUGCUCGGAAAACUUCUAGAAUGCUUAGCGGGGGCGCGAGCCGAAACGCUUCCUUUGUGACAGUCGCGAGACGCCUCGAGUCUGUUCAACACUUCGUCUCGUUUUGAGCUCCAGCACGCGGACUGACUGGCAUGUGGGUCAAUUCUGGAAGCGUCGGAAGGGCCCUCUCCAUGGAUAUAGACACAGACUAUGAAAGGCCUAAUGUGGAGACCAUAAAGUGUGUCGUUGUGGGUGAUAACGCUGUGGGAAAAACCCGCCUUAUUUGUGCCCGGGCUUGCAAUGCCACCCUCACACAGUACCAGCUGCUCGCCACCCACGUGCCAACCGUUUGGGCCAUCGACCAAUACCGUGUGUGCCAGGAGGUGUUGGAAAGAUCGAGAGAUGUGGUGGAUGAAGUCAGCGUGUCUCUCAGACUGUGGGACACAUUCGGUGAUCAUCACAAAGAUCGGCGGUUUGCUUAUGGAAGAUCUGAUGUAGUGGUGCUGUGCUUUUCCCUGGCUAACCCCAACUCCCUUCGCAAUGUCCGCACCAUGUGGUACCACGAGAUUAAGCACUUCUGCCCUCGCACCCCCAUUAUCCUGGUGGGCUGCCAGCUGGACCUGCGCUAUGCUGACUUAGAUGCUGUUAACCGAGCCCGCCGACCCCUGGCCAAACCAAUAAAACCCACAGACAUCCUUUUACCAGAGCGAGGCCAUGAGGUUGCUAAAGAACUCGGUGUGCCCUACUACGAGACCAGCAUCGUUGCUCAGUUUGGUGUGAAAGACGUUUUCGACAACGCCAUCCGCGCCGCUCUCAUCUCUCGCCGCCACCUCCAGUUCUGGAAGUCCCAUUUGAAGAAAGUCCAACGGCCACUUCUUCAGGCUCCCUUUUUGCCUCCCAGGCCCCCACGGCCUGUGGUUGGCAUCCCUGACCCCCCUCCUAUGGAUGGAGAAGGCCUCGAUUCCCUCUUUUGCCAGCACUUAUGUGCAGAUGUUCUGUUUCUCCUCCAUGGUGGUGCCACUCACGUUUUUGCUCAUAAAGUCUACCUUGCCACUUCUUGUUCCAAGUUCUAUGACCUGUUCACUAUUGACCUAGGAUUUACCGAGGAGGACAAGGAGGUGGAUGAAACUCUGGAGGGAAGUGAGCAAGAGGAGCAAAGUCGAAGAGAAGCCAAAGAGCAGGCUGGACGGACCAAGAGUCUGGACAUUGAUAAAGAUUGUAACGGAGGGACCAGAGGUCCCAAGAGGCCGCUUUUACUUGAGCAAGGCUCAUUGAGGACUUCCCAAAGUGAUAAUGCCCUUCCAGCAAGGAGUCAAUUCCUUUUUGGGCCACUGGGAAUGGGCCGCCCCCUUUUGGAUUGGGGCCGGGGGUUUCUCAGCGUGUAUUUGGAACGGGUGGAUGACCCAGUAACGGGUCGCCCAAGACUUAUGACGGUCGUAUUGAUGGAUGAACUCAUUCAGGAGGCACCAUUCCGGGCCGUACUGCAGUACCUGUACACUGGUCAUUUGGAUGAAGACCGGAGCGACCUGAUGCAGGUGGCCACCAUUGCCGAGCUUCUGGAGGUCUUUGAUUUGCGCAUGAUGGUGGCCAACGUGCUGAACCGCGAGAGCUUCAUGAACCAGGAGAUCACCAAAGCCUUUCAUGUGCGCCGUGCCAACCGUAUCAAAGAAUGCCUAAACAAGGGCACAUUUGCUGAUGUGGUGGUUCAACUGGACGAUGGUUACCUACCUGCCCACAAACCUCUGCUCAUCUCAAGCUGUGACUGGAUGGCAGCCAUGUUCCGUGGGUCUUUCAUGGAGAGCUACGUUGAGGAGGUGUCCAUACCCAACACCAGUACUGCCUGUAUGAGAGCUGUGCUGGAAUACCUGUAUUGCGGCUUGCUGACUCCCUGUCCUGAGCUAGAGCCUGUGGACCUCAUAAUACUAGCCAAUCGUCUUUGCCUGCCCCGUCUAGUGGCACUUACAGAGCAACAUGCGGUUGAAGAGCUGCUGAAGUGGGCAGUUAAAGGAGCAGACAUCGACGGCCAGGUGCUGGCUUACCUAGAACUGGCUCAGUUCCACAAUGGCAAACAGCUUUCGGCCUGGUGCCUCCAUCACAUUUGCACCAACUACAACAGCGUGUGUCGCAAGUUCCCAAAAGACAUGAAGGCCAUGUCUCCAGAGAACCAGAAGCACUUUGAGAAGCAACGGUGGCCGCCUGUGUGGUUCCUUAAGGAGGAGGACCGCUACAACCGCUCAAAAAAGGAACGUGAGCGUGAGGAGGAGAUCCUGCGCAAGCAGCACACGAAGCGGGGCUGGUGCUUCUGGAGACACCAGUCUUCAUCUACACCCCACAUCUCUUAAGGGUGUAAUCGUCCCGAACCACUUGCCCGAUUUAAGGCUCAAUACUCAGGCCGGUUGAGCCUGGGGAGUCCCGGGUCUGUGUCAAGUGUGCGUCUGGACUUCUGGGAGUCGGUCUGGGGUCACUUGCGUCUGCCUUUUCUUGUUAAGCCAGGUUUAGUGCUGAGCCUGAGGUACAAAGCUGUGGCCCACACAAAAGCUCUAAGGGGUGAAGGCUGAGAGAAAGCAGCGGCUCUUCCUCACAUACGUCGUAUGUUUUACUCUGUUCAUCCAACAUCCCACUCAGAAUGUCUUCAUGGAAAUGAUCUGCCUUCUCUUUUACGACUGUUAUUGUUAUAUAGCUACAAACACACACAUCCUCAUACGUUCUUCUUUUCACACCAGGCCUAGGCACCGGCACCCGAACACACGAUCAUUCACGGUGCUGAGCUUUUUCAAUUCUGUACACCUGUUUUUGGGGAAACUGCUAUGUCUAAUCUAAAUAUCUUGCACCUAGUAACUAAACCAGCGGCAGGGAAUUAUUAUUCUUUAAAUCUGAAAAGAUUUAGGGCUUUUUGCCUCAGUACUCAGUACAGUCUUUGCCGCUUCUAUCACAAAAAGACAGAAAUGUGUUUGUAUCCUCCACUGGACCUUUUUUUAUUUGGGGAAAACGCCCCUUAAGAUCAUGCACAAACAAAGAAAACCGGUCCGUGGGUCAUUUAUUACCGGGCCGCACAAAAAGAAUAAAUAAUUAGAGAUCGCUAAAAAAGCAUUUUUUACUGCUUCCACAUUUUGAGUGUUAUUGUCUCUUAUUACCCCUAGGGGGGAGCAGCGUCUCGUUGCAGAGAAAAAAAUUCAUUUUCUAUCAUUUGUGACUAUUAUUGUUAAAUCCUCCUGCCCCCUCCAGUCCAUGCAAUUAUACCGUAUAUGAAACCGGUCCGUGGUGCAAAAAAGGUUGGGGACUGCUGAUCUAAAUAACCAUGUAGUGUAAAGUUUGAGUCUUUUUAUUUAAAAAGGCUUUUACAAAGCACCAAAGAUUAACAUAUGGGACAUCUCACAAAAUGUUAUUUUCACUCUAGUUAUACCACUAGCUAUACCACUAGUCAUACCACUAGUCAUACCAACAUUUCUUUUCCCACUAUUUAGUGUCUGUUUCUAGACUCUAAGCAUUUUAUUUUACCUUGCAGUCAGAGUUCUAGUACUAACAAGAGUUCUGUUUGAACCCAGUGUUCAACUAAGUCAAAAGACCAAGAUGGGAAUUCUGAUUUAAUCUGUGGAAUAUGAUACAGUAUAAGCAAAACGUUACAGUCAACAUUGCAGUGGUGAACAUUAGGGUGAGUUUUUUUAUAUUCAUUAUUUUAAAUUUAUAGAUUAAUUUAUUUGAUUGCAAUUGCUGACAUGCAAUUUAUAAAACAAUACAUAGGAAAAAUACGAUUUAUUAUUGGCCUGCAGUUAACUGACCUUGAGUAAAUUUUAAUGGCCUUCUGAUUGAUUCCCAAUCCAACUGAACGAAAAUAUCUGAUCAUCAAUUUGCAUGUGUAACUGGGAGACUUGACUCUUUAAGAAACUUCUUACUAUCAGGUUGGUACAAUGCGUAUGUGUUUACUCUGCAGUGAGAGACUUUCAAUAAGCAAGAAGCAAAACCUGUGGUGUAUUGAUAUGACCCUUCAUAACUAACAAUCUCUAUAUACAGUAUAUACAUAUGAAAGAGAGUAAAUAACUAAUAUGCACACUACAGACCCACUAGUGAAAAGACACUAGCAACUCAACUUUCUACUCAAAUUGUUGUGCUAUAAUUACAUUUAAAACAUAAUAAUUAAAUUUUAAAUAGUGGUCUCAGACUUUAGGUCCUGGGCGGCACGGUGGCUAAGUGGGUAGCACUGUCGCCUCACAGCAAGAAGGUCCUGGGUUCGAUCUCCAGGUGGGGCGGUCUGGGUCCUUUCUGUGUGGAGUUUGCAUGUUCUUCCCAUGUCUGUGUGGGUUUCCUCCCGGAGCUCCGGUUUCCUCCCACCCUCCAAAGACAUGCAAGUGAGGUGAAUUGGAGAUACUAAAUUGUCCAUGACUCUUUGAUAUAACCUUGUGAACUGAUGAGCCUUGUGUAAUGAGUAACUACCGUUCCUGUCAUGAAUGUAACCAAAGUGUAAAACAUGACGUUAUAAUCCUAAGAAACAAACAAAAGUAAGUUGAAAUUGCAUUGUGCCUGUGACUAAAAAUGGUCCACUCAAAACUGACCAUAGCAACGAUAUCCAUGUGAUUUAGAUCCAUAAUUAGGCCUGUAAAGGCACUGCUGUUUCCGAGGAAUUUAAAGAUGAACGUACAAGCAAGAAAAUGUUAAGAAAUCUAACGUCUUUUCUUCUAAGCCUCUAUUUUUGGCUGUUAAUUUUUUUAGCUCCUCAAGGCUCCACCAGGUGCUGCUGGUAGCUAGCCGGAGACAUGAUUCGAAGAGGCUUUUUUUUCUCACUCACACUUUUUCUCUCACAUUUGAAUCAUCAACAGCUACUGAAAUAGAUCUGCAGAGAAUCUCACCGGGCUUAUGUGCGAAUGAGGCUGAUCUGAAGUAAAAAAAUAGCAGAAAGUGAAAGAUGUCAGCCAUUGUGUUAACACUGAGGCUAAUAUUUUGACUUAAUUUUUAACUUGUUUUUUUGGAACUAGACGUCCUUGUUUGUACGUGUAUAUAACUUAACCCAGGGAGUGGCACUUCUAUGGGGGUCUUGGUUGGCUCUGUGUUCUUUGGUGGUAUUACUGAUUAAUACAAGUGUUAGAAUUAGAAUAUCUUUCACCUUGAUGUUUUAGCUGAUUCAAUAUACACCGAUCAGCCAUAACAUUAAAACCACCUUCUUGUUUCUACACUCACUGUCCAU